CCAUUCAGUGUACCGACGACCGUAGUCUCGAUAGGACUUCACCAUCUUUUGUGAGGUGGGUCUUCCAUCUCGUAAACACGCGUGUGUAUGUAUCGUAUUCGAAUUGCCUCCGAAUCUUUCUUUCUGAUAUUUUCUGUGCUAUCACCUAUGUAUACGAUCACGAACGUAAUCUUUUGCACGCGUCGAUUAUUAAUAGCCAAAACACAUAGUGCCAUUGGGUCACGAGCGUAAUCGUCAACCGCUAUCUCAUAAUUUAGUUUCAACUUUUCUCGCCAACUCGCAGUUUGAAAUAUGACAGACUGAACGAUCGAUCACCAAAGUCGUAGAGAAGUCACGCGGACAGCUUGAUAAGCGAAAGCAAUUCAAGUUGAAUUAACACAACAUAAUAACACGCACAUAAAAUACGGUACAUACAGUGCCAACAUGACGUAUUUGCGCACGAUCGGAGAAGUGAUCGGCUUCCUGCUGGUUUGCGCCGUCGUGAUCGUGAAGGAUAUUGUCAAAUUUUUCAUCCCCAAGAGAUAUAAGAUGAAGAGUAUAAAUGGUGAGAUCGCCCUCGUAACGGGGGGUGGCGGUGGAUUGGGCAGGCUUCUCUCCCUUAGGCUGGCUAAUUUGGGCGCCAUCGUUGUCGUUUGGGAUAUAAACGAAGCCGGCAUCGAAGAAACUGUUAAACUCGUCCGGGCGGCCGGAGGUUCAUGUUACGGCUAUGUCUGUGAUUUGUGCGAUCGAGAAGAUAUAUACAAGAAAGCUAGAAUCAUCAAAGAAGAGAUCGGCAAGGUGACAAUUCUCAUUAACAAUGCGGGCAUUGUUACGGGAAUGAAAUUUCUCGAUACGCCGGACAAACUUAUCAUUAGAACGAUGGACGUUAACGUCAUGAGCCAUUUUUGGACCGCAAAGGCAUUUCUUCCAACGAUGUUGGAAAAUAAGAAGGGGCAUAUCGUGAGCGUGGCUAGUUUGGCCGGUCAAGUUGGAAUUCAGAAAUUAGUGGACUAUUGCACAUCCAAGUUUGCGGCGAUGGGAUUCGACGAGGCGCUUCGAAUGGAACUUGAGAAUGAAGAAUGCAAUAUUCACACAACAGUCGUGUGCCCCUACUUCAUCCGUAGCACCGGCAUGUUCGAUGACGUUCGAGCGAGCUAUAUCCCGACUCUGAGUCCAAACGUCGUGGCUGAUAGAAUCGUAACGGCAAUGAGAUGCAACGAGAAGUAUGCCAUCAUACCGGGUUACUUGCAAAUUCUAUUGGCUCUGAAAUGGUUAUUUCCGUGGCCGUGCGUGGCGAUGUUUCUCCGUGGAUUGGUCCAGGAUGCUUCUCCGAGUCACCCAUCAUUUGUAACUGCAGCUACAAUUAACACAAAGGAAAUGUGCACUGUACCAUUAUCCAAGGAUCAGAACGGCGCCGUCAUUCAUCAACAAUUAACCAGACGUGUCUCCAGCUCUGAAAGAAAGCCUUGAAAUUCCUCGUUCUGUCCUGAUCUCAAUAUCGGUUUGGAAUGUCCUUUAUCACUUUCGAAAGUGCCUCCGCUAUCUGGCCAACCGAUAUUGGCCUUUAAUUUUUUAGAUUUUUAUCUUUCAGAUUACUUUGACGGACGAGAAAUAAGAAUGUAAUGCAGAUAUCGGAAACAUAUACGGUGAUUUUGUGGCGAUUACACUGAUGAAAUAUUUCGAAAUCAUGUCCCGGUCCGUCGCGGAGCGUCUUAUAUACCGUCUAUAAUACCGCAUAAAAUUGAGACGAGCUUCUUCACGAAACGAUGGGUUUGUUUUAAUUCUGUCCAAGAUUAGGAGGACCUGUAACGGUAUAUACAUUAUUAUCCUAGUGAUUCACAAUCCUACGUCACAUCUAUGAGAUUUUGUUAUAAUUUUAUGAUACUUUUUUUUUUAAUAGCAAGAUUAUUAAUAUAUAAUAAGAUCGACAAAAUUAAAAUUAUUUAUCAAUGUAUGACAAAAAAGAACUAAGAGCCGUAGCCAAAUGUACAUGUCGAAAAAAUUAAAUAUUUAUUAUAAUGUUUUGGUCUGACGUCAGACCAUCUUCAGUGAGACUACAAUUGAGAUUAAGCGCUAUAAUAUAAUAAUCGUUGUUAAGUGAAGUUUAAGAAGUUUGACAAAAUUAUUUAUAUAUACAUAUGUAUUGCCGUAAUCUUGUAACACUAAAAAUGGAUAUAAAACACGAAAACAACAGAUACGACGCACAACUACAAAUUGUCAGAUAUUUCAAGAUGGACCGACGCGAAAGAUGUGAUACCGAACUUGUAAAUGACGUCAGUGUUUUUUAUAGGUAUAAGAAUAAUUUUAGAAUGUCUACAAUUUGAUACUGACAUAAAAUUGAAGAAGUGUGUUUAUAUCGUAUUAACUGAAACUGACGGUCCUAUAGAAUUUAUAAAGAUUUUAUCCAUUAUUUUCUAUAUAUGUAAGAGAUAUUUAUAUCAUAAAAAUGAUGGGCAUUAUAUUGUAUGCCCAGAGUAUCAACAUAUGAUGUAUAAUAAAAAUUGUUUAAGUUUCAAUUUUCCAAA